UGAUCUUGGCCACACCUUGUCAUUACUGGUUUGCAGAAUUAUUUCCCUAUCCUUUUCUGAAAACUAUUCAACAUAGAAUUGAACGAUAGCAACUCUGGCAAGAAUCCUCCUAUAUACACAAUGAAAAAAUAGUUCUGAGCUCUGCAAGUGAUAACACAAGUGUCACACUUCUUUUCACAGACACUGAAAGGCAGGGGUUGGUCUGGCUAAGGUCACAGGAUUUUAUAAUGGCUUUAAUUUUUAGAGCUGUGGCACAAUUAGCGGGAAUUUCACUAUCUUUGCUGGGAUGGGUUUUAUCCUGUCUUACAAACUACCUGGCACAAUGGAAAAAUCUCAACCUGGACUUAAAUGAAAUGGAAAACUUGACCAUGGGACUCUGGCAGACCUGCGUCACCCAAGAGGAAGUGGGGAUGCAAUGCAAGGCUUCUUUCCUGGCUUUGCCUGCUGAGCUCAGGAUCUCCAGGAUUUUAAUGUUCCUCUCAAACGGCCUGGGAUUCCUGGGCCUGCUGGUGUCGGGGUUUGGCCUGGACUACUUGAGAACUGGAGAGCGACAGCAGGAUGUGAAGAAGCGGCUGUUAAUCCUGGGAGGAGUUCUGUUCUGGGCAGCAGGAGUCACAGCCCUUGCUCCUGUCUCUUGGGUCGCCCACAGGACAGUCCAGGAGUUCUGGGGUGAGACCAUCCCCGAGAUUGUGCCCAGGUGGGAGUUUGGGGAGGCCCUCUUUAUCGGCUGGUUUGCUGGAUUCUCUCUCCUGCUCGGAGGGUGUCUGCUAAACUGGGCCGCCUGCGGGACCCAGGUUCCCCUGGCUUCCGGCCACUAUGCAGUGGCAGAAACGUCGCCUCACUGUCUACACCUGGAGAUGAAAACCACUCAGCUGAAACUCUAAGCCAGAAGGGAUCAGCGGUGCCCUCAGAUGAUUUGGUAGGAUUUCCUGCUACACAGUAACCCGU